GUGCGAGUGUGUGUAUAACAACAAUGUUGACAUAUUUACAACUCGUACGUUUUGCGAGUAACUUAAAUCGAAUAUAAGAAAGAAAUAGUUUAUAAUUAGGUCUAUGAACCAAAUAUCAGCAGUUUGCACAGCUGUUGCUGUUUAGUGUUAUUUAACAAAUAAGACCCGAAUAUAUGUACAUAUGUAUGGACUUUUAGAUUCUGCCAAAAAUUCAAAGAUAGAAACAACAAAUGCAUUGUGGGUGUUGAAGACAUUGUGAGUGAAGUGUGCGAGAAAACAACAUCAUUAACUGUGAAAUUGGAAAGUGUAAAAAUUGCCAACCAAACUAACAACGGUAAUUUACACACACAGACAAACACAGAGAGAGAAGCAGCACGCACACAAUGAGUGCUUAAUGCAUACAUAUAUGUAUGUGCGUGUGUAUGCGUGCAUGUGUGUGUGAACAAAUCGGAGUAGCAUAAGAGUGCCGUGCCUCCGUCCUCUCCCCCGCCACUCACAAGACACACACACACAAAAACAGAAAAUUCACAAAUUUUGAAAAAUAGAAAAAAUUAUGACGACGCGUGAAAAUGUCGUUGCCAGUCGUCUAUCCAAAUUGAUGUUAAAUAAUGCCAGCCCAACAACAACCUCACCACCUACAACAACCAAUCAUCCAAAUCCAGCAUCACAAACGAAACUCCAAUCACCCAUUUCACCUGGCGAGCAAUCCGAGUUGAAUCAAUUGAAGCGCGAGGCUGAUCCACAAUUCUCGCGUUUCGCCGAUUAUUUUGUGAUAUGUGGCCUGGAUUUGGACACGGGCCUAGAGCCAGAUCGUUUUGCUGGAGAUAAUUUGCACUGCUCACCCUUGGACAGGGCUUACAAAAGCAAACCUUUGGCUCAUUAUCCAGAAAAUGUCUCCUGGAAUCCAUUUGAUGCCCAUGGCAUAUGCAUGCUCUCCUUGCCGCAGGGUUUGCGUUUCCGCACCCAAAAGCACAACAUUGAGCCGAAAUUUCAUUCGUUUGCCACCACCCGUGAAGAUGGCAAGCGAUGCUAUGGCUUCAGUUUGGUUUUCUAUGAGGAAAUACGAAAUCGUAAUAUAUGCGGAGCUAUACAUACUCUGCAAUCGAUGUUCAUUACCGAACUCUCGAACGGCCAACAGGGGCAUUCGUUGAAUCGCGUCAAACAGGACGGCGAUGGUCCGGUAAGUCGUUCUCUGCCCCGGCAUUUCAAGGUGGCUGGCCAGGCCCCCCAGUCCGCACAAAGUUACUAUGACAUCAACAAAGAUAAGUUAUAUGUGGCGAAAAGUAUAUCGUUAAUAUGCCAGGCUCCCUAUGCCUUUGCGGCUCAGAUGUUUCUCAAGAAUCUGUAUAGGUGUCUUCCACGUCAGCCUGGUGCUGGUAUCAGCCUGGAAUCCUAUGUAUACAAUAUACUCUACGAGGUGAUGCUGCCACAGCCGGGGAAAUCCAUACGGGUUUAUAUGCCGCCAUCCGAGCCGCAUUUAUCAGCUGUUGCUUUGAUCCUGCAGCGACCUUUAUUGGCAUUGGAAUUGCCACUUUUGGAUUUCCCUUUGCGUUUGCUCUUUAAUUAUCUGGGCGUGGAGUGUGUCAUCCAAUUAUUGACAUGUGUGCUUCUCGAGAAUCAAGUUCUCUUACGCUCCACAGACUACCAAAGACUCAUGAUUGUGGGCGAGUGCAUUAGCGCGCUGCUUUUCCCAUUUGUAUGGCCCCAUGUCUAUGCUCCCAUCUUGCCGGCUGCGUUGCAUCACUUCCUGGAUGCUCCGGUGCCGUUUGUUAUGGGUUUGCAUGCCGAAUGCGAGGCAGCCCAUAAGAUCGGAAGCGAAGCGGUUCUCUGUUUUGUGGAUAUCGAUAAGAAGCACAUUCAAUUGCCCGAGGAGUUGCCCACUUUUCCGCAUAAAAUGGAUUUUAUGGCAGAGAUUCGUUCGGUGCUGGAUAAGUUUGAUAUAUGCCGAGAUACACGAGGGGAGCAAGAGAUCGGUUUAAAAAAUGGACUUCGUGGUAAUGGGAUCGGUGGUGGUGGAGGUGUGAGUGGUCCAGGUGGCAUCGAUGCCAUGAUCUCAAGUUGCACUUUGCCAACAGGCUUGCAAGCGGCACGACGCAGCAAAGAGCGUUUCCAUCAAAUGCAGGAGACGGUUUAUACACUUUCAUCCGCAGGAUCGCCAGCGCAAUCGCCGGCUGUGGACUACCAGCCUCUAAUUGCCCAUCCAUCAAAGAUUGAUCAUGUGCCGCGGAUUGCCGACUUUUUGCGUCGCAAAGGGGGCAUACGCAGCGGAGGAGGAGGUGGUAGUGGGAGCGGGCAAUCCCCUGUGGGUAGCCCUACAUUUUCGCUUUCCUCCUCGCCAGUUGUUGCGUAUCAUGAUGUGGAUGCUGUUGAUGCCACCAUGCCCCCGCCCUCCUCUCGCCUGGGCUCUCUUUCCAGACGCACCGAGAAACCCAAACUGACUUUGGUGGAGCAAUACUAUCAGGAUUUGCGAAUCAAUAGCUCGCUGCGUGAGAUCUUUCUCAAUCGAUUCGUUCACAUGUUCCAUGCAUAUGCCGACUUUGUUAUUUAUCCCAAUCAGGCAAAGGACGAGUGGCUCUCGAAUCGUGAAACGUUGCAGAACUUUGACAAAUCUUCGUUCCUCUCCGAUCAGCCAGAACAUCAUCGGGCCUUCCUCUCCCGCUUCCUCGAAUCUCAAAUGUUUGCAACACUCAUUGAUAACAAAAUUUUGGCCAUGUGGGAGACCAAACCAGAUGAGCAGUUGCAAUUGUUCGAUCAGCGAAUUAAAUUACUGAGACGACGCCAUGGCGAGAACAUGAUAUGCGCCACCAGUUAUGAGCCUUGUGUGGUCAGCCAGGACUCACAGCAGGCGUUUGAGAAGCGUCUCAAUUGCAUUGAUAUCGAAGUCACACCACCCAGUGAGAUUCUAUCAAAUCGCGCCGCUUACUUUCGCAGCUUUCCACUGCUGGACAUGGGUGUUUUGAAUCAGGAGUGCGCCUCGAGAGGCAAUAGCCUGCGUCGUGUGAAAAAUGGAAACAAAUGGCGUGCCAGGGAGAUUUCGUUGGAUCAGAAAUCGAACAAUGCCAAUAACUCGAAUGUCAAUAAUCUGAAUCGAUUGUCAGCAAAUCUUUCCUCAGCGGAUGUGAGUCCUGCCCUGAUAGCCCAAGCCAAUUGGACAUUUGUUGAACGUCUCUUAAAGGACAUAAAAUCAAAGACUAAACGUAUGCUACUGGAGAAGAUGGGUAACGAGGCGGUUGCCUUGGGCCUCAAAGGCGAUGGCAUUGAGGAGAAUACUCUUAUAGCCAGCAUGUGUGAUCUGCUGGAGAAAAUCUGGUCGCAUGGCCUGCAGAACAAACAGGGCAAAUCAGCUUUAUGGUCGCAUCUAUUGGCCUAUUUGGAAAUGCAAGAGACACGCAAUGGUGGAGAACGCAAUACAAGAUCUGAACAGCAGUCCAGUACAGUGGUCACCAGCAGUCCUAGCAAUAAGAUGAAUAUAGCCUCAGCAUCACCAGCUCUGGCUUGGAAUGCCAUGCGUAAACGUAUGGAUUAUCUUUCCACAUUCCAAACGGAUUUUGAUAGUCCGCCAAGUCCAAAUCGAAGUCGUUCAAGGGAUCGUAAUAAAUUUGUUGGCCUAGAGCAGUUAUGUCCACUACCUGAAUCUUUGGAGUUCGAUGUGAAAAAUGUUCUGGCCAUGGCUGAUAUUAAAACGCACAUUGGUUAUACUCGGGCAUGGGUGCGUUUGUCUUUGGAAAAGAAGCUGCUUUCUCGCCACUUUCGGACUUUAUUGUCGGAUGAGACCCUCUUGCGGAGUAUGUACAAGCGAUCGGCAUUUCUGCGCUGCGAGGAGGAGAAGGAGCAAUUUCUUUAUCAUUUGCUUACACUGAACACAGUGGAUUACUUUAGCUUUACCAACAUUUAUCCCACAACGAAGUUGCCCUAUCGCGUUGUUAUCUUCCCUUCAAGAAAAUAUGGCUCUUAUCACACUUCGAGCAAUGUUUGGAUUAUGGUGGCGGGAACUAUGAAUGAAACCCAAAGGGUGCCCGUGCCCAAGGGCUCACUAGAGUUCAUUUUUCAUUAUAAAAAUUUGGGCCUACUAACCACCAUGCGAUUGGGGCAUGAUAAUACGGGAGCUAGUCACAAGUGGCUGGUGGAACAGGUGGUGAUGCGAAAUGAGGUCACUGGACACACCUACAAAUUCCCCUGUGGCCGCUGGCUGGGUAAGGGUGUGGAUGAUGACUCAACGGAACGCCUGCUGGUUGGUCAACGUGUUUCAACGAGUGCCAAGAAUGCCGAAUUAGAGCCCAACGCCGCCACCAAUCGUACUCCGCCCAGAACUCGCAGUCCCAGUGUCCAGAGGCAGGAAUCGGUGAAUCCCUCGGAAAUUCAGCAUCAAUUGGGCAAUUGUGUCAAUGUCAUUGUCAAAUGGCAUUACAAACCAAGUCGAGAUCGGGAUGUUGGUACUUUAACGAAUCUGUUGUGUGGAGAUGAUGGUUUGGUUAAAUGCCUAGAGCAAGUAUUUCUUUGUGGAUUUCGGUCAACUCGUUUCUUUGGCAGAAAUCUUUACAUUUGGGAUUACUUUACGAAAAUAAAAGAGCUCUUCGAGCAGAAUCUACAACAAGAUUUGGAGGAUUCUGCAUCCAGCAUGGAUUCGUCGUUUAGUAAUGGCAGCAGCAGCGGUGGAAAUAGUUUGCAACGCCGUGAAAUCUCCAGCAUUUGGCGUCUCUAUGUCCAGCUGAUGGAUGAGAUUAACAGCAGCACCAAUAGCCUGGGUAAAGAUGGCAAAUUCCAAUUACUCAUUUGCCUGAGCCUAAGGGAGCAUUUGCUUACACGCCUCAUUAAACCCAUGGCCCUAACGAAAGUCACCCAUGAGAUGUACGAGGAGGAUAGUUUUUUGCGGCGACGAAAUCUAUUGACUUUCCUUAUACAAAUUCUCGAGCCGCUCGAUGAUUGUCAUAUUGUUUUGGAGAAUUCCAUUACCCAAGGUAUACGCAUUCCAUCACAGUGUUGAUAUGCAGAUCGUAAAGAAGGAUGAGACGAAGCACCUGCACCAAUUCACCCCACUGACAUUUAGCAACCAGUGACCUAGAGAAUACUCAUAUACAUAUGAAAUCUCCCAACACACACACACACACAAAACACAUUAAACAACCAUAUAAAUCUCGAAUUUCUUGUUAAAUCCUUAAAUCCUUACCUUAACCCUUAAUUGCCAUCCACAAAUCAAGUCAAAAAAAAACAAAAAAACAAAAACAAAAAAAAAAAAAGAAAACAAAAACUAAAAAAUCAAGCCAAAGUUUAACUAAAAUUCCUCGAAUUUUGAGAAUGAUAAACAAAAAAGAAACGAUAAAAAUUUAUUGUGCAAUUAAUAUAUGUUUACUACUCAUAAAUGGAAAACUGAUUUUAAAAUGUUGUUCAAAGUAGUUAAGAUACUCAUAUUCCGUAUACCAAUGGUAAAUUUUGUUUUAUUUUUUUCUUGUCUUUUUUGCC